AUGUCACACUUUCCGAGUUCAAAUGGGUUCUUAUAUAUUCUAGUGGCGGUGGACUAUGUCUCGAAGUGGAUUGAAGCCUUUCCUAUAAGAACGAAUGAUCAAUCGGUUGUUUGCAAAUUCGUUCAAUCCAACAUCUUUGCUCGUUUCGAUAUUCCAAGAGUGAUUAUUAGUGAUGGUGGGUCGCAUUUUAAGAACUUUAAUUUCGGAAAACUAUUGAAGCGGUAUAAUGUGAAUCACCGGAUCGCUACACCGUACCAUCCGCAAACAAGUGGACAAGUCGAAGUGUCCAACCGUCAAAUUAAAGAAAUUCUCAUGAAAACGGUUCGAACAGAUAGACAGGAUUGGUCAAGCAAACUAGACGAUGCAUUGUGGGCAUAUCGGCGGCCUACAAAAUUCCAAUUGGUACAACUCCUUACCGGGUCGUGUAUGGAUGGGUUGUCACUUACCAAUGUAAAGUUAGCUCACCGGGCACAUUGGGCAAUCAAAACGGUAAACGCGGAUUACGAUGAAGCAGGUAAGAUGCGGAAGUUGCAACUAAGUGAGAUAGAAGAAAUUCGAGAUGAAGCUUACGAGUGUGCAGCGGCAUACAAAGAUAAGCUUAAAAAGGUUCAUGACGCGAAAAUCAAGAAGCCAACCUUUGAAGUGGGUCAGAAAGUUUGGUUGUAUAAUUCGAGGUUGAAAUUAUUCGUGGGUAAGUUAAAAAGCAAAUGGAUAGGCCCAUAUGUCAUUAGGCGAGUUGGAAGAUUUGGUGACGUUGAUAUCGAAGACAUUCAUACCAACAAGCAACAAACGGUGAAUGGACAUCGGUUAAAGCCAUACUUGGAAGGAAACGACAUUAGUAAUUUGGAGCUUGACAAAGUGGGCUACAUCCUACGCCCAGUGGAUGAGGAACAACCAUAA